GGCGGCGCCAAACACAAACACAUCAUCAACAAUGGCGGACGUUGCUUUGCUAUCGAUGUCCAUGGCUUUGCGGACCUACACAUCGACAUCCAAACACGGCGGAUCAAACGUGUUCGUGCGGCUCACCUUUUUGCCUGGUAGCAUCCAUUGUGUUGUUGUUAGCUCGAUUAGCUGCUAGCGAAAAAUGGCAGAUCAGAAAGUUUAUUCCCUUCCCUCUCGCACCGAGACCAGUCGCACCGAGGAGCAGCUCCGCUCAUUUUGUCCACUUUCACCUCUGGCAACGGCAAUCACUUAACGAAACAAAGAUCAGGAGCUCCUGGAUACUUACAAAACCAGUGGGAUUAUAUUUUCUUUUAGAUAAAACAGGCAUUUUUCAAUAUUUUUACGACUUCCUCAACGCUACGCGGGGAGGCCUACCAAACAAGAUAAGCCUGAGCCUGUGCUACAGUGCUAAAGGUAAUUAGCAGAAGAUGCCUCCCUUCUCUUCGGAAGAUUACCACAACCUCGUACAGAAGAUUUUACUGCUGGAAACAAAAGUUAAUCGGUUAGAGGUAAAUGUAGAAGUAAAUGGACCAUGUGGGAACAACACCACUCUAGCAAUGACUCAAAACAAUGGACAAGAGCAUGCUAGAACCCAGCUAACUAGCAAUGAUGGAACUAUGAAGAAACUGGAGGACUCUGUACAGGGUAAUAAAUCUACCAGCGACAAUCCUCCCUGAACCCCUUUUACUGGUUGGGAGCUGGUGCUUCUUUGGUGGUGGAGAACCAAAGAACCCAUUUGAAACUAGGUUCUGGCUCCGAACUAGCACCAGUUCUGCUUUGGUGGAAAAGGGGCAUGAGUGGUCGGAAGACUAGAAAAGCGCUAUACAAGUACAGUCCAUUUACCAUUUACCAUGAUGGGCUCAGGCGCCAUUCAGUAAAAAAUGUGUUUUUGGGCUCGAGCUUGAUUAAUCACACACUUGAGGCUGGCGCCUUCGUUGUAUAUCGAUAACGUCGGUUCCACAUAGAUCUCAAAUAUCUCUCGCUUGUCGUCGCUGUGACGUAUUGGUCACAAACAGUCGCUCGAAAGGGAAACCACGCAGGGAAACAAAAAGCAGUACUUCUGUUUAACACGCCGGCCUUCGUUUAGGGAAGUGAAAUUCACUCGACGCCAACACACGCGUGAAACUCCCCCGUUCCCCUCGGAAGAUUUAGGACACGUCAUAGUGAAGUCCCAGCGUGGCCCGUCGGGGUCCCCCCCCCCCCUCACCGCGGGGGGUAUAAAGGAGAGAGCGGACCCAGUCGAAGUUCACAAAGCAAGCUGACAACACUCGCCUCGUGAUACACAGUGAAGCAAGAUGGCCGCUGCUCGUCUGACUCUGUCCGUGCUGGUGCUGAUGCUGGCUGCCGCCUCUCUGACUGAAGGCCUGCGUGGCGCCGGCCCGAAGAGAUGCUGCUUCCGUUUCAACGAGAACAAGGUGCCCAGCAACAACGUGGUCGGCUACACCAAGACCAGCCAGCGCUGCUCCAACCCCGCCAUCCUGUUACAGACUGUGACGGGGCGGAAACUGUGUGUCAGACCGUCGGCCGCGUGGGUGAAGGAGCUCAUCAAUGCCAAAUUCGUCCAGGGAGAGAGGUCCAACCUGUAACCACGACAACGGCAGAUAGUCAAAGUCUGUUUCUUGACGCUUCAAUGUCACGGCGUGUUACCAUAACGACCGCAGAGCGGGAUCAACAUGCAUAAUAUUUACUAAUACAAACAAUGUCGUUGUGUAUUCUGAGUCUCACAGUGAGACGCGUUUAAUUUAAGUAUAUGAAACAAUAUGUGUAGUUUGUGUCUACCGUCAUCACUGUGAAAUGCUGUUGCUUUGUGAUUGGAAUUGACUUAACGGAACGUGCACACUGCAAAAGAGCGAUACCUCCCAACUUUAUCCUGUAGUCAUCGGUAGAGAAUAAGCUAUGGGUCAAUGCCACUAUUUCUACAGUAAAACCUCAGAGCUUCCUCUUGUUUUUCUACAUGUAAACUAAAGUGGUGAUGAGGUUUUUUUCUAUUUAUAGUCAUGUUUUGAACUAAAGUUAUUGUACAGAUAAGUAAAAAAAUGUAUUUGUGCAACUGAUUUGAUGGUGCAGAAUUAAAGCAAGAUGAUAUGUCACCGCGGGUCUCCUUCCUCCCUCACGCCUCCUGUGUGUUUCCUUUUCAUGACAUGAACUAGACAUGCUGACAGAUGCUGCAGGAGCCGCCUGUGCAUCUAAACUUUAACGUCAAAUUCCAUUUUGAUAUUUUGAUCCCGAAAGUAGGGCUGCAUUUAAAA